UAAAGGGAGUAAGCCAGGAAAAUCUAAGCCAAGUGAUGCGAAGAAGAAUACUACUUUCGAAGUCAAGUCAAAAGAAAAUGAUAUGGGAAAAACGAAGGCAUCCGAUAAAGUUGGAAUAAAAACUCCGCAACCAUCGACGGAUACAAUAUCGGAACAAACCAUUUCACCUUAUGAUACAGCUGAUUUGGUGCAUGCUAAUGAAAAAUCGCUCGCACAAGUUUUUGGCUCCUCAAUCCAAGCACCUUUGAUAACCGCUGCAGAUAUCAAUCGUAUGAAUCGUGAACGAGGCUUAGAAAUUGUUGCAAUGGCUGGUCGAUAUGAAGCAUUGGUGGAUAGUGCUUCACGUUCACCAGCUGCAAAUAUGGAGCGUAAUAAAAUUUGGCGCAAAAUUACGGAGGAAAUCAAUAAAAAAUACUCUCAUUUGAAUACGCUAACAUUCGAGCAAUGCAAAAAAUUAUGUAAAUAUUACAAGCGCAAAGAUCCGACCAAUUAUGGACUUGCAUUUCAUGCUAUGCAUUCCGAUUUAAUACCAAGUACAUAUAAGGAACAACAACAUCAGCAAGCUGCAGCUGCAAUCGCAGCAGCUGGUAAUGCGACAGCUUAUGUAACUACAAAUGGACAAAUUGAUGAACCGAUCGAUGUCGAUGAGCUACUAGAAGCAAAUGAUGUAGUGGAUGGUAUUUGUUAUGAUGCAAAUACGUUAAAAAUGAAGCAAGGCGAGGAGAUUACUCCUUUGUCGAUGGAAGAUGUUGUACGAGAAGAUGAUAAACCAUCAAAAGAUCUCUUGCAGUUUCUUGCACAAUGCUCAGCAUCUUCAUCGGCCAGCUCAACUGAUGGCUUAGUAUUACCUGGACAACAAGCUGCUUCAGCUGUUGCUGCUGCAGCGGUCAUUGCAAAUCAGCAAAAGAAGGAACGUGGACAGUAUGUUUGUAAAUUGGCUGAAACAUUCAACGGCGUCUUUGAUAGCCAUUCAAGGUUAUAUCAUAUUAAUGCUGAACGUAAUCAAGUUUGGAAACAAAUCACAGAUUCAACCAAUGAAAAGUAUGGAUCCGAACUGGGUGAUUUAACUAUAGAGCAAACUAAGAAACUUUAUGCAAAUUAUAGGCGGAAAUCUCAAUUGCUUUCUUUUACUAACAAUGGUAGUGGUACGUGUGGUACGUCACGAUCCGAUGCGGGUAGCGUUAAUGGAGCUGCUUCGGCUGAUCUGGAUUCGGAUGCAUCAUCGAGUAAUUCUGAUUUGCUAACACGUUUGAUAACUCCGGUGUCAAAUGGAACAGGUGCUACCACUGGUACUUCUCAAAUAAGGACUGGUUCACCAACACUUUUACCUCGAUUAACAUCAAGGGAUCGGAAGUCUAAUAUCGAUUUAAAAAAUGGGUUCGUUAAUCAUGCUGGUAACGUUGGUCAGCGUAUUUCGGCGAAUCCUGGUCUAUCAUCGGUGGAAUUGUUGGCCAUUAUUGCUGAUCGUGAUGCUGAAAUUAAACAGUUGAAAAAUGAACUCUUACAGAAAUCAGUGGAACAUCAGCUUCAAAUAUCACGUGUUUUGGAAAAAGUGUCGGAUCUAGUGAAGACUGCGGUAAAUACCAAUGUACAACGGGAAAUAAUGUCAGCAAUGUCUGGAAUAGCUGGUUUCAGUGGUUAUCAUGAUAACGGUUAUUGUGAUAAAAGUUACGAGGAUGAUGGCGAUUUGUAA